AUGCCGCCAAUGCACCCCCGCAACAGUGGCCGCAACAUCCCCAGGCCCAUUCUCUCGUCCAGGCAGGCCUCUUCGAGCAAGCGCAAGCUGGAGGAUGCAGAGCCUGAAGAUCCACACAGCAAGAUUCGUCGUAUCGUGCGCGACCAUGUAUCUCAAGAUCCUGCACGCGUCAUGCCAAUGACCACCGUCAUAUGUUUACAUGCCGCCGUCGCACAAAAGUCGUACGGGAGCGAGAAGCGGUUUCUUUGUCCACCCCCAGUCGUGCACAUUGAAGGUCCCGUUUGGCACAUGCGUACCCAGCAGCUCGCCAUGGCUGUCGUGUCGGAGAGUGGAGAGCGCUCGUUUGAGCAAAAGGCCCCCUUGGAUAACAACAUGACCGCGAGCUUCAAGUUUUUGCACGUUACGGGGACUGCAAAGGCAAAGAGUUUUCAGCUCUCUCUUGACAUUGCCGAACCACCUCCACCCGCCCUUGUUCCAGAAGGCGCAGACACUCCCAGUGGUCGAGUCUGGGCUUCGUUUGAUUCGGCGCCUGUUACAAUCAUAUCAAAGCCCUCUAAAAAGACUGCAAAGACGCGUAACAUUUCGUCGUGUAUUCUGGCAGGCGGUCCUGUUUCUCUCUUCAACCGAAUUAAUUCACAAACUGUGCGUACAAAGUACAUGACUAUUGAUGGUGGUCAGCUCUGCGCAAGCAACGUAUCCUGGUCGGCCUUUAAUGUCAAUGUCGUUCGAAAACCAGGCAUGACUGUAACCGCCUCCUCGGUUGUUGCAGGUCCACAGCCAGUAACGUACGGGUGUGAAAUUGUUUUGUCUGAUACACACUCCGGUAUCUCUACCUCGCCGCUUGUGAUCCGCAAAGUCGACAAGGGCAAGGUUACCCACGAAGAAGGAGGCCCCGUCAGUCAGAUGCAAAAGAUUGCUCUUCAGCGGGUCAAUCCCGACGGCUCCCGACAUUAUCUCUCUGCAGCCGGUCCAAUACCCGGAACACCUGGGGUGGUUGCCCCUCCGGCACCGGGGAUGUCUUCCCAGGCCGGCACACAUCCUCUCCUAUUCCAAUCUCCUCGUGUACGUGAAGAAGUAAAGGACGGUUAUCGAGUCGUCUGCGAUGAAGUCGAUGAUUAUCUAUGUUGGACCAUUGUUGGUAUCUCAAAGUUCCAGUAUACCUUCUUUGAUGCCUUUGGUCAGAACAACACUAUACCUGAGGUACCCAUCACUCCUUUUCCAACGUUGUUCACCGCUCCAGCCUACCGUCCUGCAAACAACACUAUCGAGUUGACUGUCUCCAAUUUCUUUUACGAACAUCCUACCACACGACAUCAGACCCCCCUCGAUGUUUAUCUAGGAAACCUUGGGCCUCUCCAUCUUCGUGUCUACCAGGCAGCACCACCAGGCCCCCUUACUGCCAUAAACUCUUAUAUUCCUGGUGGAUCUGGAGAAGGACGGGACUCUACAGCCGCGUCGAAUCCGCCAGGGCGAUACAUGAGUGCUCCAUUGCACACUGUGGUCAUUGUUGAAAUGCCUCCGCUAGCUGAUGUCAUUAAAGCAUUGGAAGACGACGCCUUGCCAACGAAUACUUCUCCACCCAACGGCAAUAAAUCACAUCCACCUCCUGACGGAGUUGAGGGAUCAGUGCCGCCUCCACCUCCAAUGCCAUCUAUUGCAGGGAGGAGUCUCCCGCUACUGUUUAUCCGCGCAUCAGAUGGCGUUGGGUAUCAUUCUGGCCGUACGAUAGCAUGCGAAAAUGUGUUCCAGGCCAUGGAUCUCGGAAACAUGGCGGCUAGCCACCAGCAACAGCAAAAUGGACAACCUGUUGAUACCAAUUGGAUAGCCGCUGCCGCUGCCCAAGCAGCAGCUGUUGCGGCAGAUGGUGGAAUGCAUGGGUGGACAUUGAGAGUGAUGUAA